UUAUCAACAAUCGCUUCAGUAGCGUCACUCCCUUCAAGCCAGCAUGUCACGGGACACAUAUAACGAACUCUGGCGAAACACCCAGAAACAACUUGAAAUACUUGCCAUCACAGAUUUCGAACAACAAACCCAAGAACUUUCCUUUGACCGGAGCCAGUCUCAAAACUCGACAUAUGAACUCUAUCUUCGCUAUAUUCGAAUUGCUAACAAACUCGAAAGGGUAUACGAUAAAAUGAUUCAACCGCAGAAACGUAUCUUAGUGAGGAAACUCUUGGACUCCUGCUAUGGAAGAGUGAUUGAAUUAAAGCAUGAUCUUGUUCACAUCGACAUGAUGGAGUUCAGCUAUAACGACGCAAUCAUGGAGAAACUAAAAAUUACUCCUCUGGACACUGAGCUUCGGAUCCCGCGGUAUUUUAUAAGAGAGCGAGAAAAGGAGAUUCGAGAACGAAAACAGACAAUGGAUGAGAUUUUGAUAAAACUGGGUUGGAUGGAUGACCAUCCUGAAGAGCAAAGACUGACUGAGGUUGAGGCUAUUCGCAUGUUACAAAUGCACGAGCGGGCCAGGCAAGGACGGCUCAGAGCUCAUUUCAUGAAAGAAAUACGUUUACUGAAAGAAAAGGGUAAGCCAGAAGGAAAAGACCGGACUGAAUCUGGUCUACUUGCAGCAAUGAAAAUCCAGAAGAUGUGGAGAGGUCAUACAGCUCGCCGUAAAACUAGACGUCGCAAGAUGGAGGAGAUGGUUCUUAUCGGAAUGAUUCCGCCACCACAAUCAACACAGAAGAAGUCACAGGCAGUUGAGAAGAUGAACGCUAUAAUAAAUGAGACGUACAGGACCCAAAAAGAGUAUCAAGAAAAUUUUGAAAAGGCUUUACUGGAAGUUCGUGAAGAAAUCAAGAAAAAACAAGGACCAACAAUGACGGAGGACAUAGCUGAUGAGAUUCGUGUUUGGAUUAAAGAUUAUUAUGAAAAGACGGGGAAACUGCCUGAACUUCCAAGUGAAGAAAGUGGAGGAUCACGGCAUAUUUUCAGUCGGCAAGGAACUGAAAGUGAAGUCAGUCGAUCAUCAGCAAUAUCUUCAAAGGAAUCUCGUAAAACCAAAGAGAAAUCUAAAUCCCCAGCCAAGAGUGGUGAUCUAAAUGUUGAAGAGGCAGCAGAGGCCGGGUUUAAGCCAGGACAAUCGGCUUUUUUGCCAGAUAUAAAAUCGGGAAUUGAUGAAUUUAAUGAGGUUUGGCGUGAUAAAGAUGAGUAUAUGAAUAAAAAGCAAACUUAUUACGAGGACAUGAUUUAUGCCGAAAAAUAUACGGAAGUAGAAAUAGAGCUUCGGAAGGCAGUGGAUGAGAUAAUGCGACAAGAAUUGGAUUUAUUACAGGCUGCACUAGACAGAGAUCGUGCCGCUAAAGGUAAAAAAUCCAAAAAGGGCAGCAAAAAGGCUCGCCGCAGUGGGAAGAAAAGUAAAAAGAAGAAGGAAAAGGAUCUAACCCCUGAUCGUACAACUGAAUCUCUAUUCGAAGAGCUCGUUACAAAUGGAAUCAUUCGAAAGUAUCCAGAUACGCCGUUGAGAUCAUAUAUCGGUGAUAAAUCUUAUGUGGAACGAAGCGGGGUUAAUCCUUCCCCCGGUGACAUCAAACAGCUUCUCAUAGAAUACUGCAUUCUGCCCCUCGGCUCGGAAACAAUUCGAAACUAUUCGCCAUGUAUACGCUCGAUUUUGUUAGCUGGCCCAAAAGGGACAGGUAAAAAGGCUCUUGUACAUGCCAUUUGUACAGAAGUCGGAGCUGUUCUUUUUGACCUCACACCAGCUAAUAUAGUAGGAAAAUACCCCGGCAAAUCGGGGCUUAUUAUGCUGAUGCAUUUGGUAAUUAAAGUUUCAAGGCUGUUGCAGCCGUCAGUUAUUUACAUGGGAGAUGCUGAACGCCCGUUCAUGAAGAAGAUCCCUAAAACUGAUCGGACUGAUCCAAAACGAUUGAAGAAAGAUCUGCCAAAGUUGAUUAAAAAUAUCGGAAUGGAAGAUCGGGUGAUUUUCAUUGGAACAUCCAGUUUUCCGUGGGAAGCGGAUCAGAAACUAUUUCAGCAAACGUAUAACAGGUUUAUUUAUAUUCCCCGUCCGGAUUACGGAGCUCUAUCGUUAGCGUGGAGGGAAUUGAUAAACGAGUACACGGGAGGAAAUAACCAAUUCGAUUACAGCGUCAUGGCAAAAAUAUCGGAUGGCUACACCAUUGGUUCGGUUGUAAGUUGCAUCAAAGAAGUAAUGACUUGCAAGAGGAAACUUCAACUAAAAGCGCAACCUUUGACACAUGUUGAGCUCAUAAAUGUUUUGUGCACCAGAGAACCAGUGUAUCGUGAGGAAGAAGAAACUUUUCUAGCUUGGUGGUCGAAAACUCCAUUGGGACGACGUCGGCAAAAAGCCUUGGAAACCGAGAUUGAAGCCAAAGUUGAAGCUGAAGCAGCCAAUGGAAAAGGAAAAGGAAAAAAAAGCCAAAGCAUAAGAACAUAUCAUUUGCUAUGAUAACUCAAAUCGAAACAAUUUGUUCCCAGUCUUACAAAGUAUUGUGUUAACAGCCAUUUGAAACUCUUCACUAGAUUUAAUAAAAUAUGACUGAAAAAUU